AAGACAGAAAGACAAAAAAAGAAAAGGAAGGAAGGACAGAAGGAGAAAAAAGAAAGAAAGAAAGAAAGAAAGAAAGAAAGAAAGAAAGAAAGAAAGAAAGAAAGAAAGAAAGAAAGAGAAAGAAAUCCUAAGUUCACGGAAGGGUUAGGGUUGAAUUUUAGUUCAAUAAGAAAAAGAGAAGAAAGAAAGGAAAGAAGGAAGAAAAGGAAGAAAAAAAGACAGGAAAGAAAAAGAAAGAAAGAAAGAAAGAAAGAAAGAAAGAAAGAAAGAAAGAAAGAAAGAAAGAAAGAAAGAAAGAAAGAAAGAAAGAAAGAAAGAAAGAAAAAGAAUUCCUAAGUUCAUGGAAGGGAAAGAUGAUUGGAGAUACAGACAAGGAUGGCAGAAGACAUUUUGCUGCUGGAGAUCGGUGGGUGAUGCCCUCUUCCACAUUCCAGGUGCAGAAUUCCAGCUGGACUGUAUUUUUUUUUUCAGCUCUGAGAGGCAGAUAGUUCCUGCAACUGUAUUUGAAACAAAAACCUACAAACUGAGUUGCUUAAAAUCAUGGCCAAAGAAUUCAGAGGCUUCCACCAUUGACAAAAUCCUCACCAGUCAAUUGCAAAAGGCAGCUUUACAUGGAACGGCUUACAUCCUGCAACGAUUCAGAGAUUGGACAGCCAUUUAUCCAGAAUGGUAUAAGGGUCUCCUACUUGAGCAGGGGGUUGGACUGGAUAUCUCUUAAGUUCCCUUCCAGCCCUAUGCUUCUAUACUCUAAGUACGGGAUACACCACUGAUAUAUUUAGCUCAAUCCAUUCCCAUGUGGGGGAACUCAGGCCCUGCAGAGAAGAUGAAUGACAACCUACAGUUAGUUGCCUGGCAGCUGCACUCACAUCUGGAAUGCCCCAAGUCAGUGAAGGACAGUUCUGCUAAGGGGCUAAGUUCCUCUCCUUUGCAAAAAAUACCAUUUUUCUGAUUAAAAACCCCAACAUUGCUUCAUAAGAAACCGCAAAACAUUUAUCCUUUCCAGCAACAUUUCAAAAGCCUUGAAAGAUUUCACAUUCAAAAGAUUGGCAAGUUAACCCUGAUGUCUAUCUGAAAAUGCUGACAUUUGAGCGACAUCGGGGAGAAAAAAAUCUUCCCAGAUGGUCACAACAAUUUUAUUUCAUUUUAUAUUUUAUUAUUUUAUUUUAAUUUUUUGAAUGCAUUCAGUUCACUGUUGAUUCCUGGCCACUGCCUGGUCAGAGUCACCAAGGUCACCCAAUUGGCUUUGGAUAUAAGGCAGGACUAGAACUCACAGUCUCCUGGUUUUUAAGCUGGUGCCUUAACCACGCCACCAAAUUGGCUUCCAACAAUAUGAAAUUUAAAGAUGGAGAAAUCAGUGCUAUCCUUAACUGGAAUCCUAGUCAAAAUAGGUCCCUGAUAUAUUUAAGAAGCUUCCUCUCUCUCUUUCAACACCCCCCCUCCAAAUAAAACCCUCCAAUUUUGGAUGCUCUAUUUAUUUCUGUGGAUCAGAUGAGGAUCCAUUGACUCUAGAAAAUCUUGAAUUAUGAUUUUCAGUAGCUCCAAUUUGGCAGUCUUAAGCAGGCCAUGGGUUCUCCUGUUACUAUUCAGCUGAUGAAGAAUAUUAGUGGAGAGAAGAGAAUAAUUGGUCCAAAGAAGACUUGUGUCCUUAAAAAAUUGCCAAGGGCAAGACAUAAUGAAAGACACUUGACUCAAAGUUCCAUCCCAAACAUCAUGUAGGAGAUGACCGGGCUGAGCCUGAGGGAGGAGUCAAACAUGUCAUCAGUCAUGAGUCUGCACACCCACAAGAGAUCUAAAUCCAGCCCCACUGAAUUCCUUUCUUAUAUCCUGCUAAUUUCCCUUGGCCAUUAGUAGUUCAGAUUCUUAUAGAGAGCUUAAGCCUGCAAUAAAUCUUUAUACUCAUUUGAACUGCCUGACUCUCCUGAUUUCCCCAGCGCUUGACAAAUGCUAUACCACAGGGGUCCCCAACCUAUGGUCCGUGGCCCAGUACCAGGCUGUGGCCUGUUGGCCAUCGGGCCAUGGGAAUAGCUGGCAAGGCUUCCCCCACUUGCAGUAAUGCCGCCGCACAGAGGCUAGCAGCCUUGUUUGCACAUAUGUGGGUGCGCUAGCACCACCACCAGCGUCAUGCAGGCACUAGAGGCCUGUUUGGGCAUGCACUUGUUCCACUGCGGAGUCCAGUUCCACCCAAGCAGAACAUAAUUCUUUGCAAUACGUAAAGAGGGCUGCCUGCUCUUGGCUGCCCCCUAAUGGCCAUUUUUGCUUCUUCCAGUCCCAUCAACGUACAAUGCAGUGCAUUAAGGAGGAAUCCGCGUGUUGGCGGUGCAAUUAACGGGACCGCCACGCAUUUUACGCGGAGCUCCUCCACGGGCAGAAGGAAACAUUCCAAAAAUGCAUUUUCAUUAUCAGGGCCAAGCUAAGAAAAAAAACAGGGAAAAAAAAAUACCCUAUGAUUUAAUCCUCAAGGAAAAUCCCGGCUAAGCCCUCCCAGCUCCGGAUUUUGAAAAAGGGGGGGGAUCAAGGCGCCUCCUCUCCCCCCCCCCAACCUCCCCAAACGCGUUUCUAAGGCCGGGCUCUUGGCGCUUGCAGCCGGAGACCCUCGGAGCUGUGAGGACGGGCUGCCAGGCAGGCAGGCACCCCCGAGCUUUGCCCGGGCCCCGCUUGGGGUGGAAGCUUUUCGGCGUGGAUCUGCCAGCCGCGAGUGGGAUGAGCUGGCCGGGGGCGGAGGCGGAGCGGAGGUGGGCAGGGCGCGCACUGGAAGCCCGAGCGAGAUGCGCCCCGGGACGCCUGGCCGCCCUUCCCUUCACCGUGGAGGUUGGAGACGGUUCUUCUUUCAUUGACUGCGCGCUUUCCCUCAAUCUCUCUUUUUUUCCUUUCGAAAAAGAAAGGAAAGGAGAUGAAUACCUACAGUGUCUGCAGUGGCAUAUUUCUGGUAUCAUGGUGGAUCCGCCUCUGUUUUUAAUAUUACAGUCUUUUCAACCCUCCAAUUAACUUGACAGAUCUUGUUGGAAAGUGGACCUGAUUGUUAGACUCCUAGGGAAACAGCUCGUCUUGGCAGUCAUGGGAUCUGGCUUGAUUGGUGCAUCGGUGUUCCUUCUAUGCAUCUGGUUACGUGAAGGGAAUUCACAGAACCUCCUCAUGGACCAAAAAAUGAAGCCAGCACUCCUGAUUAAUGAAGUCAAUGCAGAUAAUCCCGGAGAAGACACCAUGGAGUAUUUGGAACUCUAUCAUGUCAAUGGACAAAGAGUGGCUUUGAACGGAUAUCAUUUAGUCCUCUACAACGGAAAGGGAAACAAGGCCUACAAAGUCAUAGAUCUUGGUGGCUUCUCCACAGAUGACCAGGGUUUUCUCCUGAUUGGGUCUGGCAGCCUUGUCCCAAGGCCAGCUAUCAUCCUCCCAAAGAGCACAAUCCAGAAUGGACCGGAUGCAAUUGCUCUCUACUUUGGGCGAUCGGACUUGUACGAAGGCAUGCCUGUAGACAACAAAGGCCUGGUGGAUGCUUUGGUGCAUAAAUCUAAGAAAAAGGACAACGCAGACGAGUUGGUUCGUGUGCUGACCCCUGGCACGGAACCUUUCUUGGAAGACCCGUUAUUCCGGACCACCGAUGAUGAGUCUCUGGAGAGAUGCCAAGGGGCGGAUUCUCAGAGCUUCUUCCAAGUGGGAGCGCCGACCCCAGGCUCAGACAACCACUGCAUCCCUUUCUCACAGUUGAACGCCUCUUUGGUGCUGAUCAGUGAGGUUAAGUUGGCAUCCUCUGCUGGGGACGCUGAGUUUGUGGAGCUCCAAGGUCCCCCUUCCCAAGUGGUAAAGGACUUGAUUAUGGUGCUGAUUGAAGGAAGCACCCAACAGAUCUACUCUGUCAUGGAGGUCAAGGGUGAAACUUCUCCUGAUGGGUUACUUCUGUUGGGGUCAGGACUGUCCGAAAUUCCAGGCGGUGCAGCUCACUCGCAGCCCCUCCAGAAUUCCAGCACCUCCCUCCUCAAAACAGGCACCAAUGCCAUUGCCCUGUACAGCGGGACCAUCAGCCACUUUGUGGUGGGCUCCGGUGUCCCACCGAUAUCAGGCCUUCUGGAUGCCUUGGUGUACACAACAGUGGGACAGCCGGAUUCGCAGCUGCGGGACCUCUUGAGCCCCAGGAAGACUCUCUUCUACGUGAGCGAACAAUCCCAGCAGAAUGGUGCAUCCGUGAGCCGGUGCGUCUGCUGCUCCGUCUCCCGCGAUUCGUCCUCUUACGCCCUUGGCAAGCCCACACCUUUGCAGUUCAACGACUGCCCGAAGAAGCGCUUUAGCCAAAAAGUUUCCUUUUGUUUUCAAAUAGCAGAUUGCCAACAAAAACCUCAGGAUGAAAGCACAAUUCAGAGAGUUUUGGCCCAGUCUCUGGAGCAACAAUGCAACUGCAGUUUUUCCCCGGCGUAUUUCAAAGAUCCUGUUUUAACAUGUGAAGGCAGAGAACUGGUUUUCACUGCCCUCUUGAGUGCCCGGUCAACAGAACAGCUGGACCGUGAGUUGCAAGCCCUCUCAAUCUUGGAGAAGACUGAGGAACUGUUAUAUUUUGGAAAUCAGAACCACAGCAUAGCCAUUAAGAAUUGUUCAAGCAAUGCAGAUGGGACACACACACCUCCAGAUUUAACUUCGGAAGAACCGAGGACAACCGAAGCACCUCCGAUUCCAGCCCUGGAGUUGCUUAUCAACGAAGUAAACGCAGACAAUCCUGGAUCUCGAGAAGAUACAGAAUACAUUGAGCUCUUCUACCCAGGACAAGCACCGUUUUCACUCAAGAAUUACUGGCUUGUUCUGUACAACGGCAAGAACAACUUGGCUUACAAAGUCUUGAACCUGACAGGCUACUCCACCAACGAGUGGGGCUACUUCCUUGUAGGGAGUGCUGGAGUGACCCCCAAGCCCUCAUUUCUUUUGCCAGAUGCCACCAUCCAAAAUGGUGUAGACGCCGUGGCGCUCUACCGCCACCCCAACCCUGUCUAUAAAACCGACAUGCAGGUGACUGUGGAUGGGCUGGUUGAUGCUGUGGUAUACAGAGCCCGGGGUACGGAUAAAGCAGAGAAGCUUGUGGCUCUUCUCACUCCUGGACAAAAUGUCCUCCAUGAAAAUGAUUCCCAUAGCACUGAAGACGAGUCCAUCAGCCGAUGCCUCAGCCUGAAGCCCAGAGAUUCCACGAGUUUCCAGGUGACUGAAACAACGCCACUUCAGGAAAACUCUUGUGUGUCUCUCAGCUGGACUCUCACCAAAGAGGUGCUCCAUAAUUCUUCCACUGUCAUCAACGAAGUGGGCCUGGCCAAUGACUCAUUACUGUACAAGUUCAUAGAACUGAAGGGGAAGCCCGGGGACAGCUUAAAAAAAUACACACUGCACUUCUUCUUCGGGAACCAUAACCGGCCGUACACCAGCAUCCACCUGCAAGGCAGAUUUGGGAGUGAGGGUCUCUUUGUCGUCAUGCCAGGACAAAUGUUCCAGAGUGUUAAGCCUAAUGAGCAGUUGAUGAUGCCCAUUCUCUGGAAUCAUUCUUUCCCAAAGCAGGAGAACCUGACGGUGGCGCUAUUCAGCCGAAAGCUGCGGCUUCCUUACGGUACUCUAAAUAUUGCCGAGAAAAUAGAAUACCUUGUGACGUGGAAUCCUGGGAUGAUCUCUCAAAUACCCUUUGUAUCUGGGAAAAGAGAAAGAAUCUGGUCUUUGAGUUAUUGCCCUUUUUGCAAGGAAACCUUUCUCAUCUCCAACCCCACCCCAGGCAUGGAGAAUAGCUGUCCUCAAGAGUCUCUGUCCUUGGAUCUUGGAAUGUGCCUAUGGACACCUAACUGUUCCUUCUGGCUUCAAAAUCCACAGUUAGAAGCUCACUUCCAGCAGAUACUAGUGAGGUCCAUGGAAAAUAGCUGCUUAUGUGCUAUCUCUCUCUGUGCUCUGCAAGAACUGAAUUUCACCUGCUCUGGUACCACACUGAAACUGUCCGGUCGGUUGCUGGCCACGUCACCGGAAGAGCGGCAGCUCCUUAUCCAGUGGCAACAGAAAUUCUCCCUAAGUUCCAAUCUAUUUUCUGUGGAUGGGAUAUUCCUCCGAACUAAUGCACCCUGUGCAUCUUCCAGUGAGGUGGUACCAAUAGCUAAAGCUUCACUUGAAGGCUGGGAAAUUGCUUUUUUGGUCUUGGGUUCCAUUUUGCUUAUACUGCUGUUAAUCGGUGGAACUUUCUACUGUAUAAAAAGACCGCAGAACUACAACAACAUUGAACUGAAUGAUCGCUGUGAGAUCAUAUCAGACAUCUGAUUCUACCAGGAAGAGCCUCCGUAAAGAAAAAAAACUAUUUUGGGAUGUAAUGAAGAGGUAAAUCUCAGAAGACCGUUCCGGCCCACCGAGCACAGUGUAAACGGGUCAAAUUCCUGGAGUAUUUAUUUUGAGGGUGACGUUUUUUCUGUUCCCCCAUGGAGUGUGAGAAACCUUUGUUCCUACAGGCAUCUCUCACUGCCAGCUUGUGUGAAAAAUUGGUGGGGUGCCAUGAUAUUUUCCCCACCCACCAUGAAAAAAAUGUGAUUAUUUUCUCCCCAUAAUUUAUCAGUGGGAGUAAAGUGCUUUGCCCACCACAAUCAGAGAGAGGGGGGGGAGAGAGAGAGAGAGAGAGAGAGAGAGAGAAAGAGAGAGAGAGAGAGAGAGAGAGAGAGAGAGAGAGAGAGAGAGAGAGAGAGAGAGAGAGAGAUUAGCUCACCCUGAUGAGAGAGAUCUGUUUGAAAUUAGCUGACCUUGAUGGAUUGUUAAUCAGGUCUAUGGUGGCUUCACUCCCCCUAAGCAAUGGACCGUCUUAGUUGUGAUGUGUGUUGCCACUGACAAUGCGUGCCUCAAAUACUGUUUGUCUUUUUAGGGGACUUCGUUCAGGAGAGCUUGCCUCUUUCCAUGCAGAGAAAAUCUUAGGUUCAUUUCCUAGUUCAGGAAACAGGAAAAGAUCAGUCCAGGCAAACAUUGUCACGAAGCCGUUGGUUCAGGUGACAUUUUAAGCUGUGGGCAAGGAGGCAACUGGACGCCAGGCAGGUUCCGAGGCUUACCUCCCAUUUCCUAAGCAAUAAAAGUCAGUAUGUAAGCAAAAGAAAUUAAAAAUAAAAAGAGGUCAGCCUUGUCCAAACAUUCCAUUUUCCCCAGAAUGAAACUCAGGAAUUUGUAUAGUAAAAAGUUGACUGUAGCCGUCACCUUGCUCACCUAGCUACCAACUCUGCAGACUUGAAUGUCUUGCUCACUGCAAGAAGACCACAGCUAAAAUUAAAAUAUGUUAUUUUUAUAAAACAAUGCCACAAAGAGAAGGUGGUAUAAAUUGUGAAGGCAAUCUUCCAUGGGGCAAAGGCCAAAUUUAUAUGCCGCCCUGAGUCCUUUGGGAUUGGGCGGCAUAUAAAUAAAAUUAAAUAAAUAAAAAUAAAUAAAUAAAUUCAGUAUCUCCGGAAAUGUGCUGUCCCAGAACCAGCUUCUCAUGCCUCUAUAGAAGUGAAUAGGGGGUCCUUAGUGCUCUCUGAACUUGAUUGUAUUCUUGCAGCUGUUUCGUUACCCAGCUAGGUAGCAUCAUCAGUGCUAGAAGGAAUUGGGGUUUGCUCCUAUAGCAUGAAUGAUGUUACUUAGUUCGGUAAUGAAACUUAAUCCAAAGAGUAGGUGUGACAUUUGCUUUCAGGUACACUUGAUUUAACUGGGCUUGUAGAAGCUGCAAUUUUAAUUUUAAUUUUUCUGAUUAACUUUUAAUCAGCUACUGCCCUCUGCUGAUCCGCUAGCAUUGCAGCAAUUACUAAUUAAAUUGCCCAUCCAAAUACAGUACUUUCUGAUCCUGUAGAAUAGGGGUCUCCAAAACCAGCAAUUUCCUUCUAUAGAAAUAAGGAAGAUGAACUUGACAGCAAAGAUGUGGUGACUCAGUGGCUUGACGAUGCUGGAGGAGAUGGUCUCAGCUGUGGCGGUUUGAGCCGUAGUUUUGCCCACCACCAUCUUACAUUUUUUUCCAUUUUUAAAAAUCAUACUGUUCUCUUGGUUUUUCCAGUUCUGGCAUUCGGGGAGUUGUGAAAUAAAUGUUUAAUUGCUAAUUCGUUCUUUUUCCUCUGAUCAUGGAGAUCUUAUGUUGUUUUUGCUGUCCCUAGGCUGGAAAUUUAUUUAUGGUUGAUUGUAUUUUAUUCUGUUGUGAGCCACAGUGAGUCAGAAUGACUGGGUGGCAUACGAAUGGACUGAAAAAUAAAAUAAAAAAUUGGAACGCA